AUGGAUGGGCUAGGAUUUCUAGCACGGAAUUCUAUUAAGAACCCAAAUCCAAAGGAUCAAGCACCAGUUGUUGACCAGCCUGCCUUGCCUGCCCAGCCCACUCAACCUGCUGUUGAUCAAGGGAGGCCAGCUCCAAAGUUAAAUGCCGUUCAAAAAGCGGCAAUGGAUGGGAUAGGAUUUCUAGCACGAAAUUCUGUUAAGAACCCAAAUCCAAAGGAUCAAGCACCAGUUGUUAACCAGCCCGCUCAGCCUGCUGCUGAUCAAGGGAGGCCAGCUCCAAAAUUAAAUGCCGUUCGAAAAGCGGCAAUAGAUGGGCUAGGAUUUCUAGCACGGAAUUCUGUUAAGAACCCAAAUCCAAAGGAUCCUCAGCCAGUACCUCCCCCACAGCCGCAACAACCGAAACGUCCGGCUAACCCUCGUGUUCCGGCCAAGGUUGCUACGGCACGCGACAAGCGAAUCUUGUCGCAACCACGUACACAGCAUGGCCAGGUACGACCACAAAAGCGUCCUCGGUUGGAGGUUGGGCCAGGUGAAGCCAUGGACAUUGACCGCGAGGAGGCUGCUUUCCGGCUCAGUGGUAAUCCUGGCCACGAUGCUACACCGGUUACCCAGCCUGUCCAGCCUAGACGCCCUUCCGACAAUUUCGUAAUGAGUAUCAACCGCGCUACUCAGAACCCUGCCAGGCGUGUCAGGUUUGAAGAUCCGCUGAAGCCCUCCAAGACAAGCAAAGUUCAAAAGAAGCUCCUCUCGUCAAGUACUCGAAAGGCGAAGCGUGUACCGGGUCCAAAGAAGUCCCAGGCGCUUGAAGCGCUUGUUCAGGGCGAUACUUCAUAUAUGCCUGUGGCUGUUCAGAAUAUCAUGUCUCGGUCAAAGCACCUCGAGGCACGGCUCAAGAUCGAUGCCAUUCCUAUUUAUGCUUACUUGAAAUGA